AUGGAGGCGGUGGCUCUUUUCUCUUUCACAGCAUCAGAACCAGACGAGAUCAGUUUUCAGAAAGGGGACAUUAUAAAGGUGACAGAAAUGGAGGAUGAUUCUUGCUGGUUCACAGCAGAGAUCCAGGGGAAGCGUGGCUUCGUGCCAGAGAACUACAUUUCCCUCCAUCCUUACCCGUGGUUUGCCGGACGGGUGUCAAGACUUGAUGCUGAAAAGCGUCUGCGCUGGCAGGACACUGGAGUGUUCCUGGUGAGGGAGAGUGAAUCAGCUCCUGGAGAGUUUUCUGUCUCUGUUAGCUAUGGGGACAGAGUGGAACAUUUCCGAGUGCUGGAGGGAGGCGGUCAGUACUACAUCUGGGACGAGUCGUUUUGCUCCCUGAACCGGUUGGUGGAUUUCUACAAAACUCACAGCAUCGCCGUGGAGAAAGUGGUCUACCUCAGGGACCCUCCCUCAUCCCCUAGGAAACCUCGUCUGGCCCAGGCCCUCUGUGACUACGCCCCCCCUCAGACCGCUCACCUCCACUUCCUGCGUGGUGACCUCAUCGACCUGCUGGACUGCUCGAGCUCACUGACCUGGAGAGGGCGCUGUCGAGGCAGAGUUGGAAUCUUUCCGCCAGAAUACGUCCAACCGCUGUACCGCUGA